AGGCCGCGGCCCUGUGGGGAUAUGGCGGUGGAGUUGGACUCGGACGCGGACUCAGUGCAGCUGUUGGUGGGCGCCGCGCUGUCGGGACUCAGCCAUCCGCUCGUCUAUGUCAAACUACUGGUGCAGGUUGGCCAUGAGCCAUUGCCACCGAUCAUGGGGACAAACCUGUUUGGACACAAGGUUCUCUACCUGCCCGGCUUUUUCACCUACGCCUGGCAUAUUGUCCAAAUCGAUGGAAAAAAGGGGCUGUUCAGGGGAUUGACCCCACGCAUCUUGUCGAAUUCUAUCACAACUAUUAUUCACAGCAAAGCAAAACAGACCUCUCAUGAGAUGGUGGUGCUGUGCUUUUCUCGGGUCAUCGUUCACCCUCUGCACGUGAUUUCUGCACGUAGCAUGGUUCAAUUUGUUGGGCGAGAGACCAAGUACAGCACUGUUUUCGCUUCCAUUGGGAGAAUCUUCAAAGAAGAAGGGAUCCUCGGAUUCUUCGGGGGAUUAAUUCCAUAUCUACUGAGUGAUGUUGUUUUCUUGUGGUCCUGCAACCUCCUGUCACACCUGAUUAACACCUAUGUAGUGGAUGAUAAUUUCAGCCAUGCAGCUGCUAUCAGAAGCUACACUAAAUUUGUUAUGGGGAUUGCUGUGAGCAUCGUGACCUACCCCUUCCUAUUAGCAGCAGAUCUCAUGGCCGUCAACAAUUGUGGCUUGGCUGCAGGCCUUCCUCCUUAUUCACCUGUCUAUAAAUCCUGGAUUCAUUGCUGGGAGCAGCUCAGAACAGAGGGACAGCUGUUCCGAGGAUCCAGCCUAUUCUUCCGCAGGAUGACUAUGGUGAAAGUUGCGGCCAAAUGAAAUCUGCAAACGCAUCAUACCUCACUCCAGUGGACAAGAGAAGAGAACCUCCCCCUCCCCGUUUGUUUACAAGUAAAUAAUUUUCAUAGGAACAUUGUAGUGAGCUAAACAUGAAGCUGCGUUACUCACUGUGUGCUGCUGUGCUCACUGCUGUAUAAGGGUCUUUGCCCAACGUUCAGUCUGUGCUGCACGGAGAGGUUCGGCUGACAGUGCACAUCUGUAAAUCUCAUGCUAGUGUAAAACAUUGUGUCAUUUGUUCACAUUCGGUGGGCACUCCUGACGUACACCUGUUUGUGUGUUUCUGUUUGUACACUUCAUCGCUGGUUGUGGUAGUUUAACCACUCACUGUGACAGUAGAAUCCUGCCCCUGAUCUAUGGCUUUCAAUCCAGCCCAGGCAAAGACAAUAGAGGUGCUGAGCUGUCUGGAAGUGGCUGGAAUUGUACACCAUCAUUUUGCCUGUAACCUGCCACCAAACUGAAAUGUUAGUUCUCAGGUUUAGAACCGGCACACUAUUGCAGUGGAGUACUGUAGGGUUUGGCUGGGGUGGAGUCAGCUCUGGAUUCAUUGCAGGGAGCUCUGAGCUGCUCUGCAACCUGAUGCUGAAUUGCUCAAUAUGACACUGAGACCAAGAGAAAAACUUAAUGUAAUCCUUCCCCACAUUGUUAUCUCCCAUUACAGGCAAAUCCACUGCACUAAUGCACUAGUACAUCAGUGUGUUUCUCAUUGCCAAGCCUGGGCUUCUGCCCAAUAAUCCAGGAGAUUCCAACUGCAGCGCAACUGUCACCAAAGUGCCAUCCCGAGCAGUGGGCUGUGGUUCCUGGCUACUGUCCUUUAUAUUAUCUAGUGUUGGUGUCCUAUUCACACAGGUGAUGUUAUAUAUAAUGUGUAAAACUCAUUACAGGACUUGUCUGCAGCACAGCACAGACUGAGUAGCCUCUCGCACAGUCUGGCUACAGCUCCUCAGUUUUCAGCCGACCCAAGUGACCUUUGAGCUCCAUGAAUGUGCAACGUGCGUGAAUCCUUUUGACAGAGUCCUGUGCUCACCAUCCUGCCAGCCAAGUGUGACGUGGCCCCUAUAACAGGAACAGGCAGCUCCUGCUACCAAACUGGCUGUGCUGGGCCCUACCCUACACUGGCACAAACCUUGAUUUCUCCUCUGCUUUUAUCUUUCCUAAAAUAUUUUAAGUGUCUUUGCCAGGUUCUAGGCUGCCCUUUUGUUAUGUAUUCCUGUGGGUGGCAUUAUGUUAACAGUUACUGCCGCCUAUCGCACAGAACACCCCUGGCCUCCAGUGGCCUGGCAGGGAGCUGGCUUUAUUCAGUGCUGUAAAUUGUACAGUUUUAAACGGCUCCUCACAACCCCCCCAGGUCUGUCCCAGCGGCACUCAGACAGAAUCACCUUAAUUCAGAGCGUUCCUAGGCACUGGGUUCAGGCUCCCCAUCACCGAGUCUCUCCUGAGUUGGCUUUGGGAUCUGGCAGCUCGACGAGAAAGAAAUCACACGAAUUAUCAAGUGGUUUCUUUCAAAUGCACAUUUGCUAGUGAUUUGAAGAAAGGUACUGGUUUUCAAACAUCCCAAUGUCACACGCGACGUGGCCCCUGUAACACAUACAGGCAGCUCCUGGGUCCCACUCAAUGCACCCCCCCCCCAUCCCUCCCCACCACACACAUCCUCACACCCACACACCCCCAGUGCUGCAAAGGGAGAAAGCUCCUCAGUUUCUCAUCCCUCUUCUUUCCUAAACCUCAAUGCUGGCAGCUGUGCUGAGCCUCAUCCCAUGCAGUAACUUUUAAUUAUUAUUACUUUCACCCACAAAAUACACUGUCUCUCCACGUUACUCUAUAUUUUAUGAAUCGCUUUGAUGACAUGAUGAUGACAUACUAUAUCAAAUGCAAAGAUUAUUAUUAUUGUGUUAUGAAAUGCUGGUGAAGUGAGAAAUAACCAUAAUGAAAGGCAUGAUAGGACCAACGCAUCUGUUUAGUGACAAAUAAGCUUACGGCCAAAUAAGUUAACAGCGUCUGGAGUUUUACACAUUAUUAUCAGACUAUUGAUUUGCUGACUUUCACAGAAGGCAGAGGCACAUCGGAGAGAUUCAAUGUGUAAACUUGUUAAAUAUUUCUGUCUAACCGACCAAUUAAAGCCCUGCUGCUUUCUUUUAAGUGCCCUGUAGUAAAAGUAAGAAGUGCAGAAACGUCAAGGUUUUUGUGGAAAAUAGGUUGGGUGUACUGCUCACUUCCCUCUCUCCCCUUCCUCUCUCCCUCUCUCCCCACCAUCUCCCCUCCAUCUCUCUCUCUCUCUGUCUCCCUCUCUCCGACACCCUCUUUCCCUCUCCCUCUCCCUCUCUCCCUCAUUCAUCCUCUCACCAAAUUUUACUGAUGUUUGAACAUUAAUGUUUUCUCCCUAGUAAUUCAUUAAUAUUUCAGUGGCUGUGUGUGUGUACGGCAUGUGUGGAUUUCUGCUGUGAUCUAAGUGGUGUGUAAAAGUGAUUGAGUGAUCCAGCUCCAUUCUGCUCGACUGCUUGUUCAGUUAGGACCACACUACCUGUUAGGGCUGUGCCUUGAAGAGUUAACAGGAGCUGAGUGGGAUGAAUCCCUGCCCAGUGACUGGUCAGCCCUUCCAAGUCCUGCUGAUGAGCCAGGGUGGGCUGUGCUGUCAUUAUCAGUACCUGGAAUACUGAGGACCCGCCUGGCUCAGGAACCGGACGAGAGACCAUCACAGAAGGCUGACUCGAUUCUGACAUUCCGUUGCCAAACAUAUCACCUUGAAGCCAGUUCAGCUGCAAGGAGACCCCGGUUGCCUCUGCUCCCACCAUUUGGCUCACUCCGCAGGAGCCAGCCACUGUAAUAAUAUGGAGAAGCCAAAUUAUAUCCUUGUGGAUAUUGUUUCAGGUGUGAGAGCUGCUGAGUCUCCUUGCUGCUGGAUAUGAAGAGAUGAUUAUUUUCACCAUCUCCACAAUGCUGGCUUGAUUUUGCCACUGACUUCUCCUCCCAUUGAGGAAGUGUUAAACCCGCUCAGACCUCAGUGCAUGGCUGCCGCUCUUCUUAUGCAUGUCCUGUAUGCAUUUGUCCUGGUGAAUUGCUUUGUGUUGUAUUCAGUGACUCCAGUCCUCAUGUAGAUUCCAGGUACACCUUUAUUCUCAAUAAAAAAGUUGUCCAACUAA